GGCUGUUUCCUCCCCCCUCUUCCUCUCAGUCUGCGUGUUGUAGCCCUGCUGUGCAGUCCUCUCAGCCCUCUGUUGUAGCACCAAAGGGAGGAGGAGCCACUGGCACACACACUCACACACACACGCAUACUCACAGACUCACACGCUCUCACAUCAUCUCUUUUGCACGCUCACUGUAAGCACCAACCAGGCCCGUUUGGAGCAGGCUAGCCCAGCCGUCUCGUCGCCCAAGAUGGAUGUACUAAUGAAGGGGUUCUCCAUGGCCAAGGAGGGGGUGGUGGCCGCCGCAGAGAAGACCAAAGCUGGCAUGGAGGAGGCGGCAGCCAAGACCAAGGAAGGGGUCAUGUAUGUAGGCAGUAAGACAAAGGAGGGAGUUGUGUCAUCAGUAAACACAGUGGCCAACAGGACCGUGGAUCAGGCCAAUAUUGUUGGAGACACAGCGGCUGCCGGGGCCAACGAAGUGUCACAGGGGAACGUGGAGGGGCUCGAGAACGUUGCAGCGUCAACUGGGAUGGUCAACCAGGAGGAGCCUGUAUACGAGGGAGAAUAUGGGGGAAGGGAGCAGGGUGGCGAAGGAGGAGAGGGGUACUAGUCGCCAUCCGGACCUCCCUCCCAUGCUCUCCAGCGGCCCCUCGCUCCCCUCGCCUCACUGUACCAGACUCCAGAUGUUCGACAUAUUUUUUUGUGACUUUACAGAACCAAAAUCAACUAAAACAGACUCUUCCGGAUGCCGCAUCGAGCCCCUACACUAUCUCCCCCUCUGCCUCGUCACUCCGUGAUGCCUCCCCCCAGCAGCGCUCUGCCACCUCACCCCGUCUCCUCCCCUCUGAUUUUCCCUCCACUGCCUGUCUUACCCUCGCCUCACCUGUGUGUUACUGUCGUCCUGAUAUGAAGCUUGGUGUUACAGCUCCCACGCAUACCAACCAAUAGAGUAACCUCACCCACAAGCACACACAAACAAGAGACACACCUUUAUUGUACACAUGCAUGAAACACACACAUACAGUACAUACCGCAGAUGCCAGCGCAGACACACACACACACUGGGCAAACAGGUGUAAACUGUAGGACAUUGUCUGGUGUGUAGAUACAGUUUAACCUCUGCAGUCCACAACAAUAACAAUAACUCACUGAGGGACUGAGGCAGGGUACAAGAGGGGGAGUAAUGCGCUGUUUGUGUGCCUGUGUGUUCAUGUUAGCUUAUAUGUGUGUGUGUGCAUGUGUAGCUGCUGGUGUAUAAAGUAACUCUCCAGAGGCGUGUGCAGGGAAUCGUUCUUUGAGGACAGAUAUCAUUCUGUUUUGUGUGCAGUAGUUAGAUAGUUAGCUACAGUAGACUGCAUGAACAGUUGUGUAGAAUGACGUCUCGUGUUGUAACUGUAGAGUAGCAGCUGCUCCGUGUAGCUUCGUAUGGCUUAGUGUGUGUUUGGCCUCGACGUUUAGAAACAGGGUUUUAACCAGGAAGCAAUACACAAUGCUCAUUUUUCUCAGCUGUUAGAGCGUAAACCUGAAUUGUGUUCAUGUGAUGCAUGAGAAAACAAGAGCAGUUAUUUCACAAGUAAUUUAACUUCAAAUGUUCAAGGAAUUUCUCAAAAACAAGCAAUGAGCUAAAUUAAAGUGAGAAGAAAACCAGUUUUUCAUUCCGAAAUUCUGAUUGGUUCAUGGGAAUUCAGGACAUGGUCUCCUUUUUCACCAGUGGCACAACAACAAGUGCUUAAAAUGCUGUACAAUACAGUUAGAGCAAAUUCAUUUGGUGGCCGUUCAAACAUCAUGGCUUGAGCAUUUCUCUCAAUGAAACAUAGCUUCAGAAUCUGUGGGAUGUUGUUUUCAAAGUAAGAGCUGCUUAAGGGGAAAUAUGAGCAGCUGAUACUGACAUCCUCUUGUUAUCGUGUAGUUGCUUUUUAGUCUUUGUGAAACUGGUUUGCAUGCCAUCAGGAGAAACCCUCACCGUGUGGACUUUAGUGUGUUAGUUCUGUGAUAACAAAAAUGAUGAUUCAAAGAGGCAGUCAGUCUGCAAAGAGAGCAGAAUUAACGUUUUUUUUUAAUGUUUAUCAUGGAUCAGCUUUUUGUGUAGUUAUAUGUACAGCUUGAAUUCUGGGAUGUGUAGUUGUUUUUUAGGGUCGUUUUUAUUUCACACUAACAAGUCUGUACCCUGGCUGUUCGGGAGCUCCCGCCCAUCAACUGUCUCAGCCAAUCAGAGGAUUCCCUAUUCCUCUCAGUCAGUGUGAUGCCACCUUUCACUGCUUGUCUGCCCAGCCUUGGUGUGUGUGUCUGUAUGCACUGUAUGUGUGUGUUUAUAUAAAUAUAUGUGUGUGCGUUAAUAUAGAACCGGGUCAGCCAGCAUAGUGUGUGUGUGUUUGUGUCUGGAGCAGGUUUGUGUGUUUUUACUUUGAGGCCAAUGGAAACUGAUGACUGCAUGUUGCCUUAUCAAGCAAUCUGACAUUCACACUCACAGAUUACACGCAACAUCACAGUACCAACACAUACACAGCACACUUUAAACAACACGCAAUCACAAAUCCCAACUCGCAUACACAAACACAAAUCACACACCAUGUUUAAGUUGGCAUCAAAGCAGACUCGCUGAUUUUAUAAACAGUACCAGUGAAAUUAAAAAGGUUUUGUUGAAAUCCA